AUGCUGUUUGUCUGGAUAGUCGUACUAGCGUCGGUGAGUGUCGGCUGUCUUUCGUACCUGCCCGAUGACACAUCCAACGAUGUUGACAGCAUUUCAUCGCCUGACCUCUGGCCGCGCAGCCAUCACAACUGUAAAAUAUGUCCGUAUAUUUUAGGAGCUUCUGUGAUGUGUGUGCACCUGAGUGGACAGUGCGAUGUACACGAGGACCGAUGUUUUAGGAGUCUGGGGAGCCAGAUGGUUAUAUAUGGAUUUCCUUACAGCAAAAUAGACUAUGAUGGCAGGGAAGCCUGGGCCCGAUCGGACACGGUUUCCAAUACCUGUACACAUGGCAGCGGUGGUAACUCUGGUCACGUGACACACUCUCCACAUCAUACAUCUGCCCCAGCCGUAAAGACGACACCAUCGGGGAUGAAUGUCGUUACCUCGUCCGUCAUACAUCCGUCAAGUAUUGCACAGUCGGUGCACGCGGCCUUGAUGUCAAAUAACGGUAUAAAUCAACAUGACGGUGUCUUAGUAAUCACUGCUGACGGCAGAGAUCACGUGGUCUGUGCGGACGGAUGGACGGAACAAAACAGCCAAGUAGUGUGUAGAGCAAUCGGAUCCCCUCCAGGAUACGUAGCGUCAUUUAAGGCGGUGCAUGACUUCGGAGUACCUAUGUUAAAUGAACAGAUCUCGUGUAAUGGACAGGAGGUCGACCUGUCCACGUGCUACAGGAAGUACCGACACUGCGUCAGCGAUAACAUAAUACAUGUCACGUGUUCACCUCCAGCGUCUUUACAUGUUUCCUUGAUGUCUAACACCGGGAUAACGCCGAACGAGGGCCUCCUAAUCAUUAACACAGAAGGCAAAGAUCACGUGGUCUGUUUGGAAGGAUGGACGAAACAAAACAGUCAAGUAGUGUGUAGAACCGUUGGAUCCCCUCCAGGAUUCGUAGCAUCAUAUACGGUUGUACAAAACUUCGUUAUACCCGAGUUUAAAGAACAGUUCUCGUGUACUGGACAGGAGCAGGACCUCUCCAUGUGUCCACGUCACAGGCAACAACUCUGCUACAGCGGUUACGUCAUACACGUCAAGUGUUUAGGUACAGUUUCCACGACACCUCUCCCUCUAUCAACCACCACCACUCCAACAACCACACCGACCACCACUCCAACUCCAACAACCAUAACGACCACCACUCCAACUCCAACAACCAUAACGACCACCACUCCAACUCCAACAACCAUAACGACCACCACUCCAACUCCAACAACCACACCGACCACCACUCCAACUCCAACAACCAUAACGACCACCACUCCAACAACCAUAACGACCACCACUCCAACAACCACAUCGACCACCACUGCAACUCCAACAACCAUAACGACCACCACUCCAACAACCAUAACGACCACCACUCCAACAACCACAUCGACUACAACGACCACCACUCCAACUACAACUACACAGACGACUACUGGUCACUGGAUAACCUUUGGUCACGUUGCAGCAAACAGUAACCCUUCAACUAUCCCUCCGAAUGUAUGGAUAGCCCUAGGGUAACCACUGCCGAGAAUACAUACCCCAGGUAAUGCAAAAGGGAGAUAGUUUAUGUUAUUAAAGUUGUAAUUAAACAAUAUUUAUCUUUUUCUUCCUAGAUGUUCUUUCUUUU